AUGGAUCCAGUGACAGAUCUGCGCAUAUUUGGCCGCCGUGAUCCUCACUGCGACAUUGAAAUCCCUCCGUCCACCUCCGUCCACCUCCACCCAGCGACACCAGAUACCAGCGGGUAUUCCUACCAGCGAGUCUGCAGAAUGGAAGAACUCAACUCCUCUGUUGUCCCGUCUAACAUCUCCUCCUCUGAUGGACAACCACUUCUUACCACCUGGGUCUCCACCAGUCUGAUCCCUGCGUUGGUGCUGUCCCUCUGCUUCCUGCUGGGAGUACCUGGAAACAUCGCUGUGAUCGUCCUCAGACCAAACUGGCAGCACCUGUCCAGUCUGAGCCAGAGUUUGGUGAUGAAUUUGGCCGUAUCAGAUCUUCUCUGCCUGCUCACUCUGCCCCUGUGGAUUUACACUUUGCUGUACAGCGAAACCUUCGGCCUGGUGACCUGUAAGCUUGUGACAUAUCUGGUUCACUGCAGCGUUUACGGCAGCCUGCUGACUGUGAGUGGUGAAGCUGCAGAAAUGCUUCAAUCGGGUCGGCUGACUGCGAUGAUCCCGUCCGUCCCUUCUUUAGUGUUUCGACCACUUGAGCACCAGCAGGUGGCCGUGCGGCUGACGGAGUCUGCUGGGUUUGAGGAGUCUUUGCUUUUUCCAUUGAGUUGAUGAUGUGACAGGUCUAUAUGCAGGAAACUAAAUACGUGAUACUGCCUCAGAUAAUGAUGAUGCUAUCAUGCAAAACCAAAAUAGAGCUUGUGAAACCCGGGUAAGAUUUCAGUUCCU